ACAAACCCACGAGGCCUGAGAGACAGAGAGGCAGCCGGCACGGCAUCUACGCUUGUGCAGCAGCGCUGCCCAUCCUCGUUCCGAACGGGCAUCCCCACCAAGAAAACGAGAAAAACGUGCUCUCUCUCUCUCUCUCUCUCUCUCUCUCUCGUCUCUUCCCUCCCAAUGCGGCCUCUCGCUCUCCUCCUCCUCCUCCCUUCCCUCCUCGCCGCCGGCGCCGCCUCGGCGGCCGCGGCGGCGGAUGAUCCCCCAACCGCUCCCCCCUCCUCCCCCCCGCCGCCGCCGCACAAGAACGCGACCCUCGCCGAGCUCCUCCCGCUCUACGGCCUGCCCCCGGGCGUCUUCCCCUCGACCGUCACCGCCUUCUCCCUCGCCGACAACGGCAGCCUCACCGUCGACCUCGCGGGUCCCUGCUACGUUCACUUCGUGUACCUCACCUACUUCGCGCCCCGCGUCACGGGGGUCCUCCGUUACGGCUCACUCUCCGACCUCUCGGGCGUCCAGGUCCGCCGCUUCCUCAUCUGGUUCAACGUCGUCCGCGUCAAGGUCGACCUGCCCCCGCCCCCGCGCUACGUGUACCUCGACAUCGGCUGGAUCACGCGCAAGCUCCCCGCCGCCGACUUCCAGUCCCUCCACGCGUGCGAGGACUCCAAUAGGUGCCGCCUCUCGUCCGCGCUCGCCGCCGCCGCGGAAUGGUUCCAGGACUACUUUGUCCAAUUUUAGGGGAUGGGGAAGGUCUAUGAUUUUACAGCAGCAUUGCGUGAGUUUGCAGCCCUCCACGCCCUUGAAGGACUGUGUGAAUUGUGAACAAGUUGGUAGACUUGCAUUUGUUACGAUCUCUAGAUGCAAUUGCAAUCUGUACUGCAGCUAAUCAUGCUGCCGUCUCAUUUGUACAUUUUUCAACGUUUGAUGGCUAUGUGAUCUUAUGGAUAUGUAUCGGUUACUUUGCUCCACGUUAUUGGAGCGUGCUCCACGCUUCAAUAGAAUAAAAAUUACGA